AAUUAAUUCUCAACCCACAGGCCACAGCUCAGCCCCUGACUUUAGAAGAAGAUCGGAAGAAAGAAAAUCGAAGAACCAAGAGCUUGGCAGCUUGUGACGACCGGCGCUCCAACCUGUGACCUGCGACCCUUCGCCGUCCACGCCGCUUCGUCUUCGUCCAUCCAGACUCCAGCGUCCUUCCUCUCUCGCCUCUCAGCUCUUCCUCCAUCUCUGGCGCAGCCAGGUAGGACGUACCGACGGAGCUGGUCAUCUCUUCUUUGCCCGCUAUCCAUUUUUGUUGGCGAGUUGGAGAAGCUGAAAUCUCCGAUCCAUUUUCCGGGUUGAAGAGCUGCUCUGUAUUAGGGUGCAAUCGUUUAACAUUGCUUGAAUAGAACAUGAGAAUACAAAAAAGAAAAAAGAACAUUCCCAGUUAAGCAGGCUUUGUAGCUCCCACAUUUAGGGGACCUGAUAAUUUUGUGAGGCUGUAGCUGUUGUAUGAUAUAGUAACUUAUAGAUGUGGUUGGAUUGCUGGAAGCUGUUUGGAGUACAAAAAAUAAUGCCCCAGGAAUCACAUCUCUCCACCAGGAAGUAUACAAAAGUUCUCCUGUUUACAAUACAAAAGGUGCCUAGAAGACGACUCCACAGUUGGAGUACUUUUUUUCUGGGGAGUCGUAUUGUUUUGGCGAGGCUUAGCUAACUCAGGUGUCCUUCUUUGUCGAACUUGCACCGGACUAUGUUUGGAGGGAACGCUGCAAACUUGUCUCUUUCAAAAGUUGGUGAAAUUGCUCUAAAACUUGUACCCAAACCACCUCAGGGACCCGAACCAAAGUUCAUAUCAUUAUUGCAAUUAUGUAAUACUCCAAGGAACCUCGAACAAAUUCAAACUCAGAUCACAGUACGAGGUCUUGAUCAAGAUGAGUACACAAUGCCUCUUUUCCUGCUGAAAUGUUUCGAAUUAAAUCAAUUUUGUUGCGCUCGCCAGCUGUUUGAUCAAACUACCUACCCAAGCUCUUACCUCUGGAAUACUAUGUUCAAAGGGUACCUCCUUAAGAACCAGCACAGAGAGGUGCUGGUGCUUUUUCGCCUUAUGAGGAAUGCAGAUGAGAAGCCGAGCUGCUAUACAUUCUCCAUUAUUUUGAAGUCUUGUGGGAGAUUAUUUGCUCUGAGAGAAGGUGAGGAAGUGCAUUGUGUUGUAUUCAAGACUGGACUCAGGUCUAAUACAUUUGUGGGCACUACUCUGAUCGAUUUGUAUUCAAGAACAAUGCAAAUCAAGUGUGCUCAUACAGUGUUUAGUGAGAUGGUUUUGAGAAAUGUAGUAACAUACACUUCUAUGAUCAACGGCUUCAUUGAGAAUGGUGAUUUGACUACUGCUAGGAGGCUAUUUGACUCGGCACCGGAUCGAGAUGUUGUCUUGUGGAAUACCAUGAUUGUGGCCUAUAUUGAGUGUAGGGACAUGACAGAGGCUAGGAAACUUUUCAAUGUGAUGCCAAUGAAGGAUUUGAUGUCAUGGAAUACCCUGUUGAAUGGCUAUGCGAAAUCUGGGAAUGUUGAGGAGUGUGAGAAGCUGUUCAAAGUAAUGAAGGAGAGAAACAUAUUUUCUUGGAAUGGUUUGAUAAGAGGAUAUGCCCAUAAUGGACAUUUCGUCGAAGUUCUUUGUGCUUUUAAUAGGAUGUUAACCGUUUCUGAAGCUCAACCUAACGAUGUCACUCUUGUUAAUGUGUUGACUGCUUGUGCUAGACUAGGAGCUCUUGAUAUGGGCAAGCGGGUGCACUCUUAUGCGGUGAGCAUUGGUUAUAAAGAUAAUAUAUAUGUUGGGAAUGGUUUGGUUGAUAUGUAUGCAAAGUGCGGGGUGAUUGAAAAUGCAACUGAUGUUUUUAUCAGAAUGGAAGUUAAAGAUUUGAUAUCUUGGAACACAAUUAUUAAUGGUGUGGCGGUCCAUGGUCAGGCAGUUGCUGCCUUGAUGUUAUUUAAUCAGAUGAGGGAUGCUUGUGUAAGACCUGAUGGAAUAACUUUCAUUGGUGUACUAUGCGCUUGCUCCCACAUGGGUUUAGUCUCAAAGGGAUUUGACUAUUUUCAAUUGAUGGUCAAUGAGCAUUCUCUUGUGCCUCAAAUUGAACACUAUGGCUGUAUGGUUGAUCUUCUGGCCCGUGCUGGCCAUUUUGAGCAAGCUGUGGAAUUUGUGCAUAAGAUGCCUAUGCCAGCUGAUAGUGUUAUAUGGACCACAUUACUUGGGGCUUGUAGGAUUUACAAGAAAGUCGGUUUUGCUGUAUUGGCUCUUCAAAAACUGACUGAGCUUGACCCAAAUAACCCUGCAAACCAUGUAACUCUUGCUAAUAUCUACGGUGAUGCUCAUAGAUGGAAAGAUGUGGCAAAGCAGAAGGUUGCGAUGAGGGAUACUGGUUUUAAGAAACUGCCAGGGCAUAGCUCUAUUGAAGUUGACGACCAUGUAGCUGAGUUUUAUUGCUUUGAUGAGAGACAUGCCAAGACACAUGCUAUAUAUGGAGCUUUGAAAGGAUUGAUGAAAACAUCAAUAUCUUGUGAUACUUCAUGGAAUUUGAUAAAUGAACCUUGAUCAAGUUGAACAUGCCCGUUAUAGGAAAACCCCAUGUUUGGUUUAAACCACAUUCUCCUUCUUUCAAGAUUAAGUGGGUACUUGGCUUCACAAGAAGAUUGUCGACCCUCUUCUCUAAAUCCUCAGUAGGUAUUAUCUCCCCCUUUUGGAAAUCUGAAGAUUCGCAGUAAGAUUAGUAAGGAAGGAAAUAUAAGGUUUGUUAAAUCUGCACAUUUCAAUGAAUGAAUGAUUAUCUUUGUUAUGGGGAGCCGAACUGAAGCAAUUAGCAUUCUCGGGUGCACUUGGCAUUACGUUAGAAAUCUUCCUCAUUUGUGGUGUUACUAUAUGUCUGUGUGGAUUGGCUAUUGCAUUGCUUGGAUCUUUGUGUCAUGCUCCAACAGUAAUGCUUGCUAACUUUAUUGCCACCCCAAUUGAAUUGAGUUUGAUAAUCCCAUUCCUGCGAUUGGAGAAUCAAUUACUGGCGGCUCUCAUUUUUCUUUGGCGGCUCUCAUUUUUCUUUGGCGGCUCUCAUUUUUCUUUGACAUCAGAUGCACUAAAGAGGUUUUCACCGGUGAAGCUUCACAUGAACUCUUGCUGAGUAUUUUACGUGCGUUGUUGGGAUGGAUUGUGGCUGCACCAUUCAUUCUAGCAGGCCUAUAUAUACUCUUCUUGCCAUGUUUUGCAAUCUUGGUCAGUAAGACAGUAAUUUGAGUGGCACAGCUCUUCCAUCUUCCCCCAAGAUCCCAUUAAUUCAACCCCAUGCUGAACUAAAGGUCAAGGUGAGAUAUGUCUGAUCAACAAGGGUAAGGGAAAGUUUGUUGCAUAGGCAAAGCUAAUGAAUCUCAUCUUGUUACCUUUGCUUGUAAACAGAACUCUGGAGAGUCCUAUUUAUGCAUGUAUAUAUGUGCCAAUAUUUGAUGCAUAUUUUGCUAAUAAUUUGGACGGAGUGCUCCCUCUGUAUCCAUAGAAAUAUUCAUGUCUACCCAAUGCAUAACUUUUGAGUUUAAUAACCAAACUUAGGGAUGUUAAUU